GAUUCCAUUUGUGAAAGAGAAUAUGUUGUUUGAGGUGUUGUUGAAUUGGAUUGAUUGUAUUUAACAUUAUGAAACAAAUUUUAUCAGUAUUAUAUAUUUAUCUACGAAAUAUAUUGAUUCAUUUUAAUGGCAUUUAAAUUGAUUUUGUUAGUGUUGAUCUGUGCUUUUGGUUUGGUGAUAAUUUCAAGGAAUUUUACGAUUGUAAAAGAUAUGACGAAUAAAAGAAGCUCAAAUGAAACAAGUUAAAGUUAACUGUGCACAAUGGUAGAUGUAUUAGAUCCAACUUAAAAUCUGUUGACAAUGCUGGAAGCUAUCUAUUUCGGUAUUGCUAUUUUCACAUCUUUAAAGGAGUGUUGGAUGAUAGAACUCUGCAAUUCGUCUGAAGAUAGUGUUAUAAAUGAUGACUCAUCUCUUCAACUUACUCUUCGUCAUAAUUUUUUAAAUCUUGAAAAGGGACUAGUUCCAGGAUUAACAUAUAACGUUACACUAAUGAAUCGAAAUUCUGAUUCAAUUGUUCCAUUUGCAUUAGAAACAGAACCAGCUUCUACUUUCAUAUUGUCCUCAUCUAAUAUCAUCUUGUGUGAUUCAUCAAAAAUUGUAGGAUUUGUCAAUGAAACUUGUAUAUUUUCAAUUACUAUUCCACUCAAUCUUAAUAACUCACUCUUAUUUUUAUUGACUUUCAGAAACCAUGAUAACACUUGGUCUACAUUGCUGCAAAAUGUUCCCGUACGUUCCGAUUGUUACUAUAUGCAACCAGUUGAUGAUGUAAUCAUAACGUCCGAAGAAUUAUUGGCAGUGAAAACCAUUUUAAUACAAUCACCAGAAAAAUCAGGGCUUCGUUUUGAUAUUAAUAAUGUGGUAAAUGCAACACUUUUUAUACAUAACUCAUCUGAAUCUCUAAUGUCAUCAUCCAUUGAAGGAGGCGGUGAAAGUACGUUCAUUGUUUCUGAAUGCCAAUUUUUGUUAAUCGAUAUCAUUACUUGCUACAAGUGUAAAUUUCAUGUGUCUAUAUCACCUUUUCUUCUUAAAUAUGAAUGCAACUCUACUGUCACAGUUCCAGAAGGUUCAUUUGAAUUAUCCCACAAUGAUUCCUGUAUUCUAGAGUUUGAAGCUCCUACCCACCGUCAAAUUUUUGUAAGACUUUUAAACAGAUCUAGCAAGAAUUGUCACUCAUUGCUUUUGGGACCAUUAGCUAUUGCGCCUGCACAUACAACAUGGAAUUCUUGCUCUUCAUCAGAAUUUUACAUAUCAGAAAAUAAUUUUUUACAAAUUAAAUCAGAAGGGAAUAUAAAAAAUGUCCAGCUCAAAUAUGAAUUUCUUUCCACUUGCUCCAACCGAACUUUUUCAGAUAAAUCUUUUGGCCAUUUUUGUAAUUCUGGUUAUCCGGAAAUUUUUUUCGGCUGCAAUAUUUCCUAUUUCAUUUAUGUGCCUUUAGGUUAUUCCAUAGAAUUGGAAUUGAGUGUCUUAGGAUUUUCUGAUGGUGCCUUCUGUCUUAACAAUUCACUCCAAAUUUCAACAACGAGUGAUCAAGUGCUAUUGAAUUUAUGUGUCGAUACUCUAAAAGAAAAAAUAAAUACGUACACAUUACAAACAAAAAGCAAUCAUUUAUACAUCCGAGCAGACAUUCUCACUGAUUUAGCUCAAAAAGGUUUUUGUGCUACUUAUAAAGCGCUUCCAAAUGAUGUUAGAUUAUUUAGUGAUUGCCUUUUUGGGUGGACAUCGGGACAAAAAUUUUGUUAUAAAGUUUAUGAUCAGAAACUAACAUGGACAGAAGCUGCAAAAGCUUGCCAAGCAAGAAACGGUCAUUUAGCUAGUAUCACAGAUAACAGCAUUGCUCAACUCAUCGAUUCGAUAAUCAAAUAUGGACCCUUGUUUGAAAAAAACAGAGCAUUUUGGAUUGGGGCCAAUGACCUGAGAUAUGAAAAUUGCUACGAAUGGGCUGACGGACAAGAAUUUGAUUUUAUAUAUUGGUUUCCUGGGUGGGAAAAAUACGGAUGGUAUGGUUUGCAACCGAGUGAUGAUGGGUUAUCUCAUCAGAAUUGUGUUGAACUUCGAAAUCUUUUUAAAUAUCCAAGUAAAGGAGAAGGAAGGACUGAACGCUUUUAUUGGAAUGAUAGAGAUUGCUUAGUGGAAAAUCCUUUUAUUUGCCAACGAUUAAAACCGGGAGUUAAAUUGGAGACUGUAUCUUUACCUGAAUGCAACAAAACAAUCAAUCUUACCUGGGAACACCCACGUGAUAUUCUAACAUCUCCUUCUUUUCCUCAUAAUUAUCCUAAUAAUAUUGAAUGCCAUUAUUAUGUAUCAGCACCCGUUGGACAAAGGAUUACUCUUUCUUUUUCUGAUUUUGUCUUAGAAAAAAGUGAAAGUUGUGAAUAUGAUGUCUUUCUUAUAAUGGAAGGCAACCAGAAAUUACAACGUUGUGGCGACUGGGAAAAGAGAAUCAAACUUCUGACGUACAUUUCUGUUGGGCAUAUAUUACGUAUGAGUUUUUCAUCUGAUUUUUCACACUCUUUUAAAGGAUUCAGAGUUGAGAUUUCCCUCUAUGAAGACGUUUCCAAACAAAAUACUUUGUGCGACAAUGAGAUGUUCCAAUUAAAAAAUGAGAGAUGUUAUUUGGUAGUCAAUUAUCCAGAAACAAGUUGGAUGACAGCUCGCCAGAUAUGUUCAGAAGCUAAAGCCAAACUAGCUGUUGUUGAAACAGAGGAAGAAGUAACAAUUCUUGAUAACUUGGUUCGAAGCACUUAUGGAUAUAUGUCCGGAGUUGUUUAUUGGGUUGGUGCCUAUAUCACAAGCAAUAAUACAUGGAUAUGGAUUGAUGGAAGAACAAUCAACUUAAAACGCAUUUCCCACUCUGAUGAGUUUCCUUCAUGUUUAGCAAUUCAACUACGUGGAUCCAAUGUUAUGCGAUGGAUUGCUAGAAAUUGCAAUCAUCCGGGUAGAUUUAUUUGCCAAAAGCCCUCGAUCGUUUUACCUGAUGGAUUGAACAAAAGUGUAAGUGAAACGAGAGGCAAUUUAACAUCUGUUAAUUAUCCAUCGAAUUACCUCAACAAUUUGAAUUACAUUGUCGAAAUCAUUGGUCCACCAAAUUCCCGUGUUGUGCUAACUUUCCACCACUUUGAUCUUGAAUGGCAAGAAGAUUGCCUGUACGACUAUCUUAUUCUAAAAACUGACUUAAAUGAAGAAGGGAACCGAGUAUGUGGAGAACAACUAGAAAAGAAGGAAUUCAUGUCACCCACAAAUAAAGUCUAUUUAAACUUUCAUUCUGAUUCCUCGAUUACAACAUCUGGUUAUGCAGCUUCUUGGGAAAUAGUUGAUGUUUCUGCCUGUUUGAAUCGGAGGCUACUAGUUUUAGAAAAAACUUAUAUCAGCAGUUUAAGAUAUCCACGAACAUAUCUGGGAGGUCAUGAAUGUAGACUUACCCUCAUUGCACCUGAUCCAACGAAGCGACUUCUGUUAACUAUAGUAGACUUAGAGAUGAGAAUUCAAGACAAACUAGAGAUAGGCUUAGAUGAAACGAAGAGAGUCCAUCUAAGUGGAGAUGAUCUAUUACCUGGAACUCAAUUAAUGACUUAUGGAAAUGAAGCUCGUCUUGUUUUUCAUACUCUUCAAACACCUACAAUCACAAGUAUCACUUACAGAGGAUAUAAUAUCACAGUUGAAAGUUGGAUUGAGAGAACACUGGAAAGCAAUUUAUAUCUUAAUCCAAGAAAAAGAGGCAGAAUUUACAGUAUGAAUUUCAAUUUUCCUCAGCCAACUGAAUUAAACUAUAGUCAAAGGUUACUGGCACCUAUAGGUUAUAAAAUUCAUUUAAAAUUACUCAAUUUCACUCAUCAAGUACCAUCAACAUGCGAGGGAAGUGGUGUUCUUAUUCAAGAUAAUUAUGCUGUCAUUAAGACUCUCAUGAUCUGGAGUCCUUGUCGUCCCUCUAAUUUAGGCAAUGGAAUUUGGUCAGUGCUUCAUUUGCUCAAAAUUAUAUCUUGGAAUCAUGACAAUAGCUUGCCUUCUUAUUUUUUUGAAUAUUCAGUGGAGAAAGACGAUCAAUAUUUGAAUACAACUAGAAGAUUGGUAUCUAGUUCAAUCGAUUCCUGCUAUCCAAAUCCUUGUCAACAUGGUGGUCAAUGUAUUAGAAAUGGAACUUCUUAUAAAUGUCAUUGCUUCGCAUAUUACACGGGCUUAUUUUGCCACCUAACUUGGUGUGAUUUGAAUAUCUGUGGAGAAAACGGUUUUUGUAAUCUCACCUCUAAUGGCUGGAAGUGUGAUUGUUUACCUGGAUAUGAGGGAAAGAAAUGCCAAAUGACAAUCAAUCCUUGCUCACCUAAUCCAUGUCAAUCAAAUGGUAUUUGUAGUAUUCGGAAUGGAAGCUUUUUCUGUCGCUGCAUUCAAGACUUUGAAGGUUCUCAUUGUGAGAAAAUUGUGAUGCGAAUUCCAUAUCGACCUCUCAGCCAGCGUAUGCUAGAAGAGCCUUUCUGGUUAGGCCUUAUAACAGUGUUUAGUGUUUUGCUUAUCAUCCUUUGUGUUUAUUGCAUAAAAAGAAAAUUCGCUGAUAAAAUUGAAAAGUUCUUAGCUGAAGAAAUUGAAAGAAGCAAAUAUCAGCCUUCACCACCAGCAGGACGUUACAGUUUGAGCAGUUCAAAUCAACAUACCCCAGGAACUGAAAGUCCGCAAACAUGUCCAAAAUCAUUUAUCAGUCGUAUUCGGAAGAACAGCCUUCUUAGCAUUUCCUGUAGUCCUAGUCCCACACCAGACCAAUCCCGAUCAUUUCUAUUUGAUAACAUUCUUCGAAGGGCUUCAUCCAAAAGAAAUAAAACAUCUACACCGGGAACAAGCGCAACGACUUCUUCAAAUGAACCACCGAAAGACGAAGCCCUGAAAAAAGAAGAAGAAAAAUCUCGAAUUUUAGCAUCCCUGAUAAAUUCAAACAAAGACACUCGCCGAGUUAGUUUGGAUGAUUUCUUCAGAUUAAGAGAAGGCAAAAUGAAUUUUGGUGCACAUAGCUCGGCAGAAGAGUCAGAUGGCAGUGCUAAAAAGGAAACAAGUUUCAUAUCUACCUUUCGACAGUCAUUUUCUGAAAUUCAAUCAAUUCAAGAGCAAUCGUUUGAGUAUAUGUCAUCAUCAGAAAGUAUUAAUGGAGAACCUAAUACAAGUGAAAUACAAGCAGAUGUCUCUCCCAUUGCGAUAGAAUCCGAUAAGGCGUCCGAUACUGAUGCAGUUACUGUUAAACCGACUGAAAACCCACCCGCAAUUUGUAUCACAAUAGACCCCUGUGAUUCAGACGAAAAACAAAACUCCGAAUGUGAAAGCAAUAAUAAAAGUCCGAGAAAAAGUUCCUACCUUGAAGUGCCUGUACCCACAAUCCAUAUUUUUACUGCGGAAUCCGAUGAACAAGAAAAAAACAGAGAAAUCCCAUCAUUCACGCAACCUCGAAAGUAUUCAGUUGAUUUGCCAAAAAUUUUAAUAACUUCUAAUAUGGGUUCUUGUGACUCGGAUGAAGCUAGUCCUCCUAGGACUCCGAAUCCAAAUAAAUCAAUGAUGUAUUUAAGUCCAUUAGCAGUAAUUUCAUCAGAUAGGACUAUAUCUGAAUCUAAUUUAAGUACAUCUGGAUAUUCCUCUAUAUCUAGUCCUGGCUUAUCUCGUUGUAAUUCGAGUAGCCCUAUAACAGAUGACUUAGAGCACAAUCUUCAUCCGAACCGAAAAAUGGACCUUACUUCACCUAAAAAACCUCAUGAAGUUCAAAUGACAUAUAUUACAGGAAGUGAUAAAACAUUUGUAUUUCCACCUACUAUUGCUUGCCAUUGCCAUACUCAAAAUCACACAAAUAACGUGAUGUUCGAACAAAAAUUGCCAGUAUGGACUGCAAGCAAACAUAAAAUGCUUUGUAAAAGAAAUUCUUAUCAAACAACAAGUACAGAUGACUCUGUUGAUGAUGAAGGUAUUAGUAUGGAGACUUCUGAGUGUAAAAACCGAAGUAGAGAUAUAAACUCCCCUCCAAACUCACCAAUAAUAACUGAUUCUUCAAAACCAGACCUACUCACUUGCUCAAUAAAUAAUACUCAAAAUAACUGCAUAAAAGGAAGUCCAAGGACAAGUUUGAGAAAAGGAGAAAAAUCUAAAAAACAUCGGCCUGUCAUAUCACCAGCUGGUACUCCAAUAAGAGACGAAACAAGGUCUCGCCUGAGUUCAUCAGAAAGUGAUGAAUCCUUCGAAUCUCGUCAAAAAAGUCGAAGAGUCAAGAGACAUGAUUCGGGAGGACAUAAAAUAUCGCCCAUGCCUUUUCAAGACAGCAGCGGUCCAAAAAGUUCAUUAUCAGAAAGCAAUGGUGAUUCUGCAACAAUCGAUUCUAGAUCUGCUGUAUCUUCUUCCUCUGAAUCCCUGCAAUCUACAAAUACCUCAAGAAUACCAGAAAAGACUUUUAGGGAGUGGCACAAAAUGGAGCGUUCUGAGUCAACUAAAGAAUUAAAGAAAAAGCCCAUGAAAACUGAUUCCCAAGAAGAAAUGCACCCAUGCUUACGAAGACAAGAAGCAGUUGUGGAAGAUGACCUCAGUGAUGACUCCAGCAGUGAAACAACUGUUCUUCUAGGUCUUCAACAAAGCUCCUCUGCUGAAGAAUGGGAAGCCUUCAACAAGGAGUAGACCACAUUGGCAUAACAAAUAUAUAUUUUAUAUUGCUCAUUCCCUCUGUGUAGUUAGUCUGCUUUUGUGUUUUAAUGUGUAAUAAAUAUAUUUCCUAUGCA